AAAGCCUGGACAGCUGAACUGUAUAUAACACAAAGUUAAGCUGACCAUUGCAGACGUUAAUUGUUCUUUUAGGAUUAAUGCAGUUCGUCUAGUAUUGUAUUUCGUCACAGACUUUAAUCCCCCGUACACAACAAUCUUUGUCAUUGGCUCAAAUCUCAUCUAAUUAUAACGAGAUGAUGGUUUCUAAUUACGUUUGGCUGUUGUUGUCUCACAGUCAACGAUGACACAUAUUUUGUUCGUCAACACACUACUAAAGAAUGACUUUUGUAAAGCUAUUUGUAAGCGGCUAUGGCUACGCCAAGCUUGGAAAGCCAGUCCCGUCGUCGUCUACCACAAGCUCCGACUGUUGACACAAGCGUAGGAACGAGUGAUAUAGUACAGCGUCGUGCCUCUGUCGACAUGGAGAAAAAAACUAUGGUUUCAGCUGCAAAGAAACGACUAACGCCAGAGGUUGUUGCUAUGAUUUUGUCCUCGGAUUAUGGCAGCGAGACAACAAACGCAAACAAGAUUAUAGAAAAAGGUAUUACCACAAAACCUGGUAGUGAAAUAUCAGAGUCACUAACUACGAAAUACCUUUUACAAGGUGAUAUUGAUUUCGUAAAUAUACUGAAGAAUUCAGGACAGCCUUUGGGGUUUUCGUUACGAGAACAUAAUGUGAAUAAAGGUGAAGAGCCUGGCGGGAUCUUUGUCUCCCGACUUACCCCUGGUGGUGUUGUCGAGCAAAAUUCACUACUUUACGCUGGAGAUGAAAUUUUAGAGAUAAACCGUGUCGCUGUUAAAGAUUAUAAACUGAGUGAUGUUGUAGCUAUGAUACAAAUACCCAAGAAAUUAACAUUAAAAGUUCGGUUUAAACGUAGAGACGACAUUACUAGAACUCAAAAGGAACAUGUUUUCGACGAUUCAAAGCAAAGUAUCCGAAAUGUGAAUAAUAACUACAUCGAACAGGAACCCAAACUUGAUGGCCAUAAAUCUGGUCCGAAACAGGUGACCCAAAUGGCCACACAAAGAAGUAUUGUUAAACCAUCCCCACCUGGCGCCCUUAAAUGUAGGCGCAGUUCCUCUGGCAGAAUGUUGCCAGCGCCUCCUGAAAUAGAUCCAGGUAAGUCACAGCUGAACAAUCGCUUUGAAAAUCAUCUGAAUCCACACACAUCCAACACUGUCGUAUCAUCAAAUGAAUUUGUUCGUCAGAAGCCAGGUAGUAGUAACACAAGCAACAUUACACCCUUUAUUCCCAACACCAACAAUAGUGGAAAGAAUAGAUCGAGCCAAAUAGCUUCACAGGCACCUGUAAACAAGGACACUGCAAACAACUUAAAUUCAAAGCAUACACACACGAGCAAGCAGAUGACACAGAAGAUAUCCACUGUUGUACCAAUGACAAUAAAUGAAAGAACACAUUCACAAGCAAAAGAAGAGGGCAGUUAUGAUGGAAGUCAUCGUUUAGACCCUGGUGAUAUAAAAUUUGAUAUUAUAGCUUCAAAUGAACCGAAAUUUUCAAAUUUUGAUUCUACGUCAAAUGAUGUUUCACGUUCACUGGACAAGAUUCAAAUUGAAGCAAAUAAAGAGAGCGUAACCAAGUCUAGCUUAGGAAAGACGUCGGAAACGUUCGGCUCUAGUUCGUCAUUAUCAAGCAGUGACUCUCCUAAAACACAAUUAAGAAAGUCCAAAAACAAUUUAUCCAGUCCUAAAGCAAGUCGACUCUCUCGAUCCGAGAUGUUAGUGCAUAAAUCUCAUCAUUCUGACGGCAGUCCUGUGAGCUCAUCAGCUGAAAACGAAGAACAAAUUUGGAAAGAUCUUGCUAGUGAUAAGGUCAACAAAAAACCACCAUUUCACCAUUCUCUGUCUUCAGAUGAUUUAAAUCAAUCUCACAAUAGUUGGUUUUCCAAAAUCGGACACCAAAAACGUAAACAGAUUCGGAAGUUCUCUGAGGGGACGCGACCGUUCACAAAAACUGCCGCUUUCGGAGAACCGUAUCGUCUGCAGGAAUCUACAGCUUCCCCGUCUGAUGAAGCAGAACACGGUUAUAAGUUAUAUGCAGGUUCGCCCCAGGAUUACCCUUCACGCGCCGUGACGGGAAUGCUUACUUUAGAUAUCGUAAAAGGAGCACAGAUUGGUUCAGAAGAAUCUUUCACACGAGAGAAACGUAAAAAAGCUAAAGUAUUUUGUAAUGUAGAUUCUGACGGGAUGAAACAAGCUUCCACCACACCAAAGAAAGGUUUGAAUGAUUUCCAAUGGAACGAAAGCUUUGAAAUCGAGUUGCAACGAACACGCGAAAUUCGAAUAACGGUUUGUCUACGCUCAAAAAAAGAAGAAGUUAAAAUUGCAGAGGGUUGCUUGAGUUUGGCUCAGUUGUUGAGCGAAGGUGACGAGCAUCUGUUGGCUGUUUGUUUAGAACCCUCUGGAAUGCUUUGUAUUAAACUGAAAUUCACAGAUAUGAAAUUCCUUCUUCAACGUACGACUUCCCAAAAGAAAGAAGGUGUUUUUGGUUUUCCUCUCGAAACGGUUUUACGACGCGAAAAUUCUAGGAUCCCAAACUUAGUCCGUAAGUGUGUGGAGGAAAUUAACAAGCGAGGUCUGGAAACGACUGGAAUCUACCGUAUUUGUGGGAACGCCGCAAAGAAAAAAGCAUUGCGGGCGCAAUUUGAAGUUAAUAGCACGAGUGUAGACCUGGGUCGAACUGAGAAUCCGGUGGACGUAAACAUUAUAACCGGUUUACUUAAAGAUUUCCUACGUGAGUUACCACAACCUCUUCUCUCACAAGAUGUACGGGAAUUACUCAGCGGGACAGAAGCAGAAUCUAUGCCUGAUAAUUUAGUUUCUGAAAUCAUUAAGAAGUUUCAUCGCCCCUGCAAAGCAACAAUUCUGUACUUGUUCGAUCAUUUUGUUACAGUUCUCAUGAACAGCGAUGCUAAUAAGAUGGACAGUCAUAAUUUAGCCGUGUGUAUUGGACCGGUGUUGUUAUGUCCAUCACUCGGUACGAGUACAACCAGUACCGUCAGUGAUACCAAAAAAGAUAUUAAUGCCAUUAAGUUACUACUAGAAAUUUGGCCAAAACCUGAACAGGUUUCAGCCUGUUGACCACAGACACAGUCACUACAUGACAGACGAAAUGACUGAGUAACUGGGAAAGAAUAACUGGGGUAUUCAAUAAUGAAUCGUGAAAAUAGAUAUUCGUAUUCAUCCAUGAACUAACUUACGGGUGGGAAUUCAUUUUUUAAAAUUAAUUUUUAUUCAUCAUUCAGUUCAUUUUAGUCUUAGAAGUGCGCAUCAAAAAGUCAAAUGAGGAGAAGUUGCUUCAGGACUGAAUGAUUUUUUUGCUAACAGAUGUCCUGUGCGAAUAAUUUACUAAUAAAGAUCUGGUCUUAAAGUUAAUAGGAUUGUAAUUAUUUAAAAUAGACGGAGAUUGAAAUAAAUACGCGAACAACCAAGUCUUAGGAAUAAAACGUAAUUUUUGAAUAAGCUUGGUCAUAUGCACCAUAGUUUUAGCAAUUUUUAUGUCUGGUUUAAGUUUGCAUAUGGCGGUUUUUCAGUUCAAUGAAAUAAUUUUCUUAAUAGGCAAAUCAAAAUGUCAUCAUUGUCAUGCGUUGUUCUGUUUCUUCUAUAUCCUGAACUCUUCUUACAGCAAAUGUGAAAUGAUGCGUUUUACUGUGUCCGAACAAAUUACAUAGGCAUAGGCAUAGCUUUUGAUACAAAGGUACUCGGUAAUAAAACAUCUUUAGCAACUGUGUAAUCAGCUAUUUCAUUAAUUUAAAGAAUUUAAGAUGAUAUGAGGUGUUUUCAAGCUUUUUCUAAGGUAUUCAAGCGCUUGAUUGUGAGAGCACCUAAGGGGAAGAGAAGUUAUCGAUAAGUAACGUGAGUAUAUGGCUAUGUGGAUGUGUACUUACUGAGGAAAUUUGGGUGCGUAGGAGCAAAUUUUUUAACCACUUCAAAAAUUCUUUACUACUUGAAUUUCAUGGCUCAGAAGCUUAGUGCUUCUGAAAGACAAUUAGCCUUUAUAACAUGUACACGUAGAAACUAACAAUACUUUGAAAGAAAGCUUUACUGAUGAUAAAUUGCUUGCCGAUUAUGCAUUUUUAAUCUCCGUAUAUUUCGUUAAUAUCGUUACCGGGGUAUUGGACUGACUAUGCCGCCCACGCAAUACUCGGAGGCGUGCUGCCAGUCAAAUCUUAAAAUCUUCACAUAUCGGCUAUAGACAAUGAAUAUUUUCUUACAUUAUUCUUAGGAUUCGGACGACAAUUCCUAUGCGGAUGAUGAAAAGGUGAUGGAGUAUUGUAUACACUCUGACACUCACAUAUAGGCUAUAGUUGUCUUAUUUCCAUCCAAUUUUGGCAUCUUUAUUUUAGGUGUACAUGUCGUCUCUAUUUUGUCGUUUUAUGAUUUCACAGGGAUUUUUAUUAGUUUUGUGUAACUCAUAUUAUUCUCGUCAGGGUGAUAACAUAGAACCAACAAGUUUAAAAGGAAAUCGUGAUAGUCAUCCAACAUCACUGAACUCCAAUAAUAUUUAUCUAUAUAUCGCUGAAA